GUGGUUGUCAAAAGCAUUCAACAUCAGCAAUGCUCGGCGAUGAAGGACAACAUUCUUUCCUGGCUGAAGCUAAUGGCAUCACAGGGCAAGACUCACAACCACUCCUUUCUGAUUUAGCAAAUCUGGAACAUGACCUUGCUGUUCAGUCCGACUUAGGUAUUCCAACUCCCGAUGGGCCGCAUUCGCAAUCUACCUCUCCGGCUCCAGAUGGACAACGGCGCACCCCCCGAACUACGAAUCGCGUUAGAUUUGAUCUCGGUGACGAUCCCGAAGAUGAGCAUCGUUCGAAUGACGACCGUCGCAAUUCAGAGGACGCUCGCUGGCUUGAUGAGGAAGACUACGCUCACACCAAUAGAGGCCGCUCAGGUCGACACGAUACCGGACAAACGGUCCCCCUGUUAACGAAUAUAGAAGCGCCAAGUGUAACCCUUGCUACCUCCGAUGACUUUUUUCCAGAGGACCAUUUAGAGAAUGCUCGGCCGAGGAGUGGAAUGAAAAUGGCGUUUAUGAACAUGGCAAAUAGCAUCAUAGGGGCUGGUAUUAUCGGCCAGGCAUAUGCACUUCGACAAGCCGGCAUGGUGAUGGGGAUAAUACUAUUGGUGGGACUUACUGUCGUGGUGGAUUGGACCAUUCGCCUGAUAGUGAUCAACUCUAAAUUAAGCGGCGCCGAUUCAUUUCAAGCAACAAUGCAGCAUUGUUUUGGCAAGACUGGGCUCAUUGCUAUUUCAGUUGCUCAGUGGGCCUUUGCAUUUGGUGGCAUGAUAGCGUUCUGUAUCAUUGUUGGAGACACUAUACCCCAUGUUCUGAACUCUCUGUUUCCUUCACUCAGGGAGAUGUCAUUUCUUUGGCUUCUUACAGACAGACGUGCCAUCAUUGUCCUUCUGGUCCUGUGUAUUUCUUACCCGCUGUCCCUAUAUCGGGAUAUUGCAAAGUUAGCCAAAGCGUCAACUCUGGCCUUGAUAAGCAUGGCCGUCAUUUUAGUGGCCGUGAUCACGCAGGGUUUCCGUGUUCCUUCAGAAUCACGAGGUGACUUCAAGGGUCUUCUGUUUGUGAAUUCAGGCUUUUUUCAGGCUGUUGGAGUAAUAUCUUUUGCAUUUGUUUGCCAUCACAACAGUCUUUUAAUCUAUGGUUCGCUGAAGAAGCCAACCUUGGAUCGGUUUGCAAUAGUGACCCAUUACUCUACUGGGGUCUCACUUCUGAUGUGUCUUACCAUGGGCAUUUCUGGAUUUCUUUUCUUUGGUUCGCGGACCCAGGGCAAUGUACUGAACAACUUUCCGUCCGACAAUAUUUUGAUCAAUAUAGCCCGGCUUUGCUUCGGUCUGAAUAUGCUUACGACACUGCCCCUCGAGGCAUUCGUAUGCCGAUCUGUUAUGACAACCUACUACUUUCCCGAUGAGCCGUUCAACAUAAAUCGGCACUUGAUAUUUACGUCUGCCCUCGUGAUUACUUCUAUAGCUUUAGCCCUCACAACUUGUGAUUUGGGUGCUGUAUUUGAAUUGAUAGGAGCAACCAGCGCAGCUUCUUUGGCCUACAUAUUUCCGCCACUGUGCUAUAUCAAGCUGAGCACUGCCUCUCGAACAGCCAAGAUCCCCGCAUAUAUAUGCAUUGCUUUCGGGCUAACUGUCAUGGGCGUUAGUCUCCUACAGGCGGUUGGAAAGAUAAUAAAAAAUGAAGGUGGAGUAGCAACCUGCGCCGCCUAGCUGUUACUGGGGAUCCUUCGCAUGUAUACUUAUCUUCAAUCGAUAGACUUUGGCUGACUUACUACAAAUUUCUGUACAUAUAUAUGUGUGUUUUAUAGAGGAGUCGAGGAGUCGACUUUGUUUAGAUCUAAGGUUUCAAUCACUUUAACCUUGCGGUAGUUUCCAGAAAAUUAGGUAUAACAUGGUCGAGC